GGGGGGUAGGGGAAGGAGGAGGGAGUGUGGAGUUUCAGUUGAUGCACAAGGCGUUGGAGGGUCCACUCAUGCCCGCACAGCAGCAGGAGCUCCUCUCUCUUCUCUCCGCCAACCCUUUACUCGUCGCGCAUUGUGGUCUACACCCCAUCACACUGCCACCCCUAGUGGAGCACAAUCCUGAUGUUGCUGCAUGCGCCCUCACUUUGUUGCUGGCAUUGCAGCCAGCUUUUGAGUACUUGGAGGUUCUGUCUCAGCUGCCACUGACUCUUCACUCCCUGGAGGUGGUCAGCCGGGUGGCAAAGGCCGUUGACUUGCCGCCCGAUUUCAUCCACUCAUACGCGAGCCACUGCAUGCGGUGCUGCAAGGAGACCAAGGAUAAGAGCAUGCAGAAUCGCCUUGUGCGGAUCGUGUGCAUCUUCUUACUCAGUCUUAUCCGCGAUAACAUCAUCAAUGUGGGCGCUUUUCAUUGAAAUGCAGGCAUUCUGUAUCGAGUAUUCACGAGUCAGGGAAGCAGCAGCCCUGUUUCGCAUGCUCAAAUCCCUGGAAUAGAACUGGAGUCCCUUGCGUUGUAUGUACUUGGUGGGCGGAGGAACUGUCGGCCUGGAGGGUCCAGUAACCAGUUAAAGCCCCGGCUCAUGCCCUCACUCACGCCUCUUAAUUUAUUCGAUGUUUUGCCAACUAUCCAGUUUGGUUCUCAGUGGCGAGGUGGACCAUUCAUGGUCCCCAAAUGGUUGUUCUUCAUACAUCGGCCUUUUUGUGGUAGAAGCGUCAUUUAGGGCGGGUGCUCUACAGCCUUCUUGUUUAUUGAAAACCGUGAACGUUCUAGAGAUGCGUGAGUCGGACACAGAUAGGUAGGAACCACUGCA